UCGAGACAUGGAGAAAAUCCCACGUUGGAAUAGUUAGUCAGCACUCGCUCAGUCGCGCAGCCUCUUUGUCGCUCUCUUUGCCGGAGCUGGAGAUCGAAAUUUUUUUCAAUCCUCUAUAAAACGGCAUGAUUGGCUAUCUUCCAGCUCGGUCUUCGAUUCCCUGGGUUCAGAUCUACCGAAGCCUGAUUUUUCAAAUCGGAGGAUCAAUGCGAUUGGUUCAUGGGCAAUACAUGCCGUGGAUCAUUCGGAAGCAAGUACUUCCAGGGAUACGCGGAGCCGACGAAACGUUCGAGAUCUGAUCGGAUAUCUUCUUCGUUUUCCUCGGACAAGGCGCCGAAAGAGGCGCCGAAGCAAUCGGUGAAGGCGGAACAGGUGAUUGCUGGUGGCGGAGGGUUGGCGGAGGUGGAGGGUGGCGGCUUCAUGAUUCGGGGCAUGGAUCCGCAGUGGAACUUGGUGCUCGGUCACAAGACGGCUAAUAUCCACGAUCUUUAUACUCUUGGUCGGAAAUUGGGGCAGGGGCAGUUCGGGACGACGUAUCUUUGCACGGAGAUCGCCACCGGGGUCCAGUACGCCUGCAAGUCGAUUUUAAAGAGGAAGCUGAUCGCUAGGGAGGAUGUGGAGGAUGUCCGCCGGGAGAUUCAGAUAAUGCAUCAUCUCUCAGGCCACAGGAACGUGGUCCAGAUAAAGGGCGCUUACGAGGAUUCUCUCUAUGUACACAUCGUCAUGGAACUCUGUGCGGGAGGGGAGCUAUUUGAUCGUAUCAUUCAUAGGGGGCAUUACAGCGAGAGGAAGGCUGCUGAGCUCACAAAGAUUAUUGUCGGAGUUGUAGAGGCUUGUCAUUCUCUCGGGGUCAUGCAUAGGGACCUUAAACCGGAGAAUUUCCUGCUUGCUAAUAGAGAUGAUGACUUGUCGCUCAAAGCCAUCGAUUUCGGGCUUUCCGUGUUCUUCAAGCCAGGCCAAAUAUUUACAGAUGUGGUUGGGAGCCCAUAUUAUGUAGCUCCUGAGGUGUUGUGCAAACACUAUGGUCCAGAAGCUGAUGUAUGGACUGCUGGUGUCAUACUAUAUAUUUUGUUGAGCGGUGUACCACCUUUUUGGGCUGAAACACAACAAGGGAUAUUUGAUGCAGUUCUGAAGGGUCAUAUUGAUUUUGAUUCAGAACCUUGGCCCUUGAUAUCUGACAGUGCUAAGGAUCUUAUUAGAAAAAUGCUUUGUUCUCGUCCUCAAGAUCGCCUAACUGCACAUCAAGUAUUAUGUCAUCCUUGGAUUUGUGAGAACGGUGUUGCUCCUGAUCAAGCUCUGGAUCCUGCAGUCCUGUCACGUCUCAAACAGUUCUCAGCAAUGAAUAAAUUGAAGAAGAUGGCUUUGCGAGUAAUAGCCGAAAGCCUCUCAGAAGAGGAAAUUGCUGGACUACGAGAAAUGUUCAUAGCGAUGGACACGGAUUGUAGUGGGGCAAUUUCAUUUGAUGAACUGAAAGCUGGCCUCAGAAGAUAUGGCUCGACAUUAAAAGAUACGGAGAUCCGUGAUCUUAUGGAUGCGGCUGAUGUUGACAACAGUGGCACAAUCGAUUAUGGGGAGUUUAUUGCUGCCACUGUUCAUCUCAAUAAGCUGGAGCGUGAAGAACACUUGGUGGUAGCAUUUUCGUACUUUGACAAGGAUGGGAGUGGGUACAUUACUGUUGAUGAGCUUCAACAAGCUUGUAAAGAGCACCACAUCGCUGAUGUGUUCAUUGAGGAUAUUAUUAAGGAAGUUGAUCAAGAUAACGAUGGUCGGAUCGACUAUGGCGAGUUUGUCGCAAUGAUGCGAAAGGGUAAUCUGGGAAAUAUGGGACUUGGGCUUGGCAGGAGAACCAUACGGAACAGUCUGAGAAUGAGCAUAAGAGAGUGAGGAGAAGAAACCACGUAGAAGCUGAAGUAUAGUGUUUGCCUAGAAGCAUAUUCUCUCUUGCUCAUGAACUACCUUCGUGUCUGGUUUGAGGGAGGUGAGAAGAAACAAAAGAGCUCUGAGAGGCUUCAUUCAAGACAUCUGGAAGUGUAAGCCAUUGUCAAUUUCUGUAACAAUGUAAGUUAAAUUUUGUGUAAAUUUUCAUUAUAAAUUUGCUGAUGAAGCUGGAGAUUGCUGUUGUUAAGGCUAUAAACAAGUGUGAAAUAAACUAGUAGCAUUUCUGAUGCUGCGUUUGUUCCAGUUGAUCUUUUAAAUUAAAAGAACUUCAAAUGAAAUACAGAGAAAUAUGGAUUAGAUCGUGAA